AUGUCUUUGGAAAGAGAGGAACCACAACAUUUUGGAGCGGGGCCAGCUCAAAUGCCUACACCAGUUUUGCAGCAAGCUGCUAAGGACUUAAUCAAUUUCAAUGACAUAGGUUUAGGUAUUGGUGAGAUUUCUCAUCGUUCUAAGGAUGCAACCAAGGUGAUUGAAGAUUCUAAGAGGCACUUGGUUGAAUUGUUAGAUAUUCCUGACACCCAUGAGGUGUUUUACUUACAAGGUGGUGGUACUACUGGGUUUUCUUCUGUGGCUACCAAUUUGGCCGCUGCAUAUGUGGGAAAGCACGGGAAAAUUGCACCAGCUGGUUAUUUAGUCACCGGUAGUUGGUCCCAAAAAUCUUAUGAAGAAGCAAGAAGAUUGCAUGUUCCUGCCGAAAUUAUCUUCAAUGCUAAGGAUUACAACGGCGGAAAAUUUGGCACGAUUCCAGAUGAAGCUCUUUGGGAAGAUAAGAUCAAAGGUAAAAGCUUUUCGUAUGUAUAUCUGUGUGAGAAUGAAACUGUCCAUGGUGUUGAAUGGCCAGCUUUACCAAAAUGCUUGGUCAAUGACCCAAAUAUUGAAGUUGUUGCUGAUUUAUCCAGUGAUAUUUUAUCUCGUAAAAUUGAUAUCUCACAAUAUGGGGUUAUCAUGGCGGGUGCUCAAAAGAACAUUGGUUUAGCGGGUUUAACCUUAUACAUUAUCAAGAAAUCUAUACUAAAGAAUAUUUCUGGCGCUUCUGAUGAAAUUCUACAUGAACUGGGAGUGCCAAUCACUCCUAUUGCCUUUGACUAUCCGACAGUGGUGAAAAACAACUCUGCCUAUAAUACAAUUCCAAUUUUCACAUUGCAUGUUAUGGAUCUUGUUUUCCAACAUAUUUUGAAGAAGGGCGGUGUUGCAGCGCAGCAAGCUGAAAAUGAACAGAAGGCAAAGAUACUAUACGAAGCCCUAGACUCAAAUCCAGCUUUUUACAACAUACCAGUGGAUUCGAAAUGUAGAUCAAAGAUGAAUGUUGUUUUCACUCUCAAGAAGAAUGGUCUUGAUGACAAAUUCUUAAAGGAGGCAGCAGCUCGUAAAUUAACGGGUUUGAAGGGUCACCGUUCGGUCGGUGGGUUUAGAGCCUCCAUCUAUAACGCACUGUCAGUACAAACCGUGCAAAAUUUGGUAGAUUUCAUUGAGGAAUUUGCCGAAAAUAACGCUUAA